AUGGAAAACCCCAACGGCAAGGCAGCUUCCGACGCCACCACUGGCACCGGCGCGGAAGGAAACCCUAGUAAUGAUGCCCCCCGCGUAGGCGACGGCGAGGAUAAUCGCAGGCGGCGAACUCCUUUUACGGACCUCAGUCAAGUCGAUGCGGAUCUUGCCCUUGCCCGUACUCUCCAAGAACAGGAAAGAGCUUAUAUGAUGUUAAGAAUGAAUUCUGGUAUUGGCAGUGACUACGAAAGUUGGGAAGCUGAGAGUUAUGGGAAUGAAGAUGUUUUCGACAAUGAUGAUUUUGAGGAUGCCAGUGGAGAAGAUUAUGAUGGUUCUGAUGUGGAAGUUGAUGAUGAAACAGAAAAUGCAUUUGGUGUGCAUGCUCCUGAAGCAGGAGAUGAAAGUGGCAAUGAAAAUGCUGAAUUAGAUCCGUCGGCCUUUUCAAGCGACGAGGCCUAUGCUAGAGCCUUGCAAGAUGCUGAAGAGCGGGAACUCGCAGAUAGAUUGCUAGCCCUGGCGGGGAUCAAUAACAUGGUUGCUGAAGAUGAAGAUGAAGAUGAAGAUGUGGAUGAGGAAGAAGAGGAACAUGAUGGUAAUCUUCAGGACACAUGGGAAGAGGUUGACCCAGACGAACUCUCAUACGAGGAGUUGAUUGCACUUGGUGAUGUUGUUGGAACUGAGAGUCGGGGCCUUUCUGAAGAUACAAUUGCUUCGCUACCUUCCAUAAAGUAUCAAUCACAAGGCAUUCAUGAAGGAAGUGAUUCGUGUGUUAUAUGUAGGUUGGAUUACGAGGAUGGCGACACCUUGACUAUUCUCUCUUGCAAGCAUUCAUAUCAUAAAGAGUGCAUUAACAAUUGGCUACAAAUAAACAAGGUUUGUCCUGUAUGCAGUGCUGAAGUGUCAACUCCUGGGAGGGCUCGCUGUCGGGUCUCGCGAAGGGCACGCGGGUCACCGUGCAAGUCGCGCAAGGAGUACGCGGGUUGCUGGGGGUCUACUGCCUGCAUGCAUAAUGGAACGGGUCUCUACAGCCGCACUCUGGUCGCGCUCAGCUGCGCCCUGGCCGUGCGCAUACCCGCAGACCUAUUCCGCUGCGAGCUGACCCGCAGCAUCCCACCUUCACCAUCUUCACCAUUUCUUCCCGAAAUCCGGCGACCCCUAGUGUUUUCCGGUGAAACCGAACUCAAACUCGCGCCGGCAUGUCCUCUGCCCGCAGCCGAGCCGCACCACCGCACGCACAACUCUAAAGCCGCCGGAAAAACCUCGACCUCCACUCGCUGCUCCACUGAAUGUGCGUUCCAAGCUCAGUCCCAGUUCCUCUCGCGCGCGAACCCGCAGCUCGAGCUCCACCUCCCGGUCACGACCUCCGGCGACCCAAGUUCUUGCGACGACCAGCUGCGCGACCUUCCACCGGCGAGCAGUUCCAGCACCUCCACGUCAAGCCCGUCCAUCCCAGCUCGAACCAUCAUCCUCAACUCGAGCCAGCGGUUCACCGCUCACAGAUACGGCGAGCUUGCCUUCAUCCGGCCAGCACCUCGUUUUCCCAGCUCACGCCACCAGCUCCGCCGCAGUUAG